GGCCGGCGAUUGAAGGUCUUCAGACCUACAAGGGGAUCCUCACCCACACUGCAAACUGGGAUCAGGAUAUUGACUGGAAGGACAAACGUGUCGCACUUAUUGGGGUCGGGUCAAGCGGUGUCUAAAUCAUUCCAAGGCUGGUCCAAGGAGUACACCCCUCCCACAACACCCACAACUUUAUCAUAUCUUCACAAUAUCCAGUGCCUCCGCUAGUUCAAUGGUUGACCGCAACGGAAGACUGCUCCUCGUUGACUGUGUUCGUUCGAUCCACGCAAUGGAUAACCCUUCCAGCUGCAUGGCAAGAUCUGCGGAUGAUCCGGAAAAGUCCGCAAUGCCUGCACCUGCUGGAAAGCAUUUCUACACUGAGGAGGAGAAAAAUCUCUUCCGGACGGACCCAGAGAAGUUCCUCGAGUACCGCAAGAAAGUUGGUGGAGUCAUGCAGGAGCGCUUCCCAAUCUUCCUAAGAAGUCAUCAACCUCGCGAGGCCACCAUUCCCAUAAUUACGGAAUUGGUCAAGGCUCGUGUUGGGCCACAUGGCGAAUUUUUGGUGAAAAUCUUCACACCAAGCUUUUCCCUGGCUUGUCGUCGACCGACGAUUCUGCAGCCUAGAGAAGACUUCCUGGAAGCUCUCACUCAAGACCACCCCCGAGUCGUAUCUGGCGAAAUCAGCAGGUUCACAGAAACAGGAAUCCAAAUGAAGGAUGGAAAGCAUCUCGAGUUCGACCUAAUCGUGUGCGCGACCGGAUUCGAUGUCGCAAUUUGACCUCAUUAGUAUGAUCCUAACUCUGCAAAGAUGGAACGCAGGCAUUAACCAGGGACAAUAGCACCUGCGGGAAGACUAGACCGAAGUACGUUUACCUUUCUCUCGCGCACGUCAUAAGUGAUCGUGGCUGAUUUCAAAUUAUCGUAGCAACCGAAUGUUUACCUCAGUGU